CGACCGUCAACGACUCCCGACACGUCCGUUCUCUCACCGCGGGGACAAAUGUUUUUCACUCGUUUCGCCAAAUAAUCCUCGUACUUCUCCCCCCAGAACCACCCCUCGUUCACCCGGAAUCUCCUUCUCCACUGUUUCUUCGUACCCUCGUAAUGUUUUGAAUCGCGCGCGAAAGUGAGCCGACGAGUCUCGAUCGAAACGCGCGUGAUUCGGUUGGAAAGAAGUUCGAAACGUCGCCGGAGUCGAAGUGUGAAGGACCUUACCGAUCGUCGCGAUCGGCGCUGGUGAAACGUGGACGCAGGCGAAAAUCGAGGAGGAAGCAAAGGUAUCAGCAGGCUUGGUGAAAAUCGAUGGCCAUCAGCGCCCAUGGGCGGCCUCGCGUUUAGAACAAGGAAUAGCCCCUCCCAGAAGACCUCGCUCCGGUGGGGUGACUGCUGCCCCCCGAAUUCCAACCCUCCGUCGUCAUCGGUCGUCUGGAAGGACCGUCAUCAGGACAUGCCGCCGGUACCCGUGUGAGGCUGUCCCCCGCUAUUGCGUGAUUGUACACCGCGGGGUCUUCAGAGGUAUCCAAACUUCUCGAAAUCCGACCGACCGCCGAACCUCUCGGAUUUGCGUCUCCGUCAGUUCGAGUUCACGCACGUGGACCCGUACUCACCGAAGAUGAUCAACAUCGCCGGUGUCAUAUCGAUCGUUCUGUUCUACGUGCUGAUCCUGGGCGUGGGAAUAUGGGCGGCCAGGAAGAAGGAGGCCGGAAACGACUCCGAGGAGGAAGUCAUGCUAGCGGGUCGCUCGAUUGGGCUGUUCGUCGGGAUAUUCACUAUGACGGCGACCUGGGUCGGCGGCGGCUACAUCAACGGCACCGCCGAAGCGAUCUACACGAGGGGUCUCGUCUGGUGCCAGGCGCCAUUCGGAUACGCUCUUAGCCUCGUUUUUGGAGGAAUAUUCUUCGCGAAUAAGAUGCGGGAGCAGGGGUACAUCACGAUGUUGGACCCCCUUCAAGACGCGUUUGGCGAACGCAUGGGUGGUCUUCUGUUUCUUCCUGCCCUCUGUGGCGAGGUCUUCUGGGCCGCUGGUAUUCUGGCAGCUCUGGGAGCCACGUUAGCAGUGAUCAUCGACAUGAACCAGGGCGCCUCGGUCAUUUUGAGCGCCUGCAUCGCUGUUUUUUACACUCUCUUCGGGGGUCUUUACUCUGUUGCUUAUACCGACGUUAUUCAGCUCUUUUGCAUCUUCAUCGGUCUGUGGAUGUGCAUUCCAUUCGCCUGGUCGAACCCAAAAGUAGAGUCUCUCGGUUCCAUGGAGGUGGACUGGAUAGGUCAAGUGAACUCGAACGAGUACUGGUCCUACGUAGAUUACGGACUGUUGUUGAUAUUCGGUGGUAUACCCUGGCAAGUGUACUUCCAACGAGUCUUGUCCUCGAAAACAGCAGGGAGGGCACAGUUGCUCAGCUACGUGGCGGCGAUAGGGUGCAUCCUCAUGGCCAUCCCGCCUGUACUCAUCGGAGCAAUCGCCAAAGCAACGCCCUGGAACGAGACGGGUUACACCGGUCCCUAUCCCUUCACCGAGGACCAAACGAGCAUGAUCCUACCGAUGGUGUUGCAGUAUCUGACACCAGAUUUCGUUUCCUUUUUCGGGUUAGGCGCAGUGUCAGCGGCGGUGAUGUCCUCAGCGGAUAGUAGCAUACUUUCGGCUAGCUCGAUGUUCGCCAGAAACGUGUAUAAAUUGAUCUUUCGCCAGAGGGCGUCGGAAAUGGAGAUCAUCUGGGUGAUGAGAGCGGGGAUAGGCGUGGUCGGCGUGUUGAGCACGGUGAUGGCGUUGACGAUACCCUCGAUCUACGGGCUCUGGUCGAUGUGCUCAGACCUGGUCUACGUGAUCCUCUUCCCGCAGCUACUGAUGGUGGUCCACUUCAAAGAGUACUGCAACACUUACGGCAGCCUGUCCGCGUACAUAAUCGCGUUCGUGGUGAGGAUCAGCGGCGGUGAACCGUUGAUGGGUCUGCCCGCGCUGAUCCACUAUCCGGGCUACGACGAGGAAACGAACACCCAGGGUUUCCCGUUCAGAACGAUGGCGAUGCUGUUGUCGUUGAUCACGUUGAUAAGCGUGUCGUACGGCACGCAGGUGGCAUUCCUUACCGGCAGACUGGCGCCCGGCUACGAUGUCUUCAGGUGCGUGGUGAACAUACCGGAGGACGUCGAGAGGGUCGGCCCGGACCCGGCUGAGGGGGAGCAAAUGGCCGUUCUGGCUGCUGGGGUCGGUAGACUCUACGGCAGCAAGGACGAGUCGAACGGACGAGUGAAUCCUGCGCUCGAACCGGACUACGACAUGGAUCCGGGAUACAAGGUAGCCGGGCAACCGGAACCCGUCGUCGGCGGGGGCGGCGGGGGCGGUGCUGGCGUACAGCUGGUGCCACACGGUCCCAACGCGCCGCGACAGCCCCAAUCCAGCACCGCGUUCUAAUCCCUGGUUCCGUGAUCGGAUGCUGUGACCAACAAUAAACGCGGCGGUCUAGGCCAUUUUCCUCUUUCGUUCGUCCCUUUUGGUUCUUUUGUGUCCAUCUCACUGUUUUGAUUGUGUUUUUGUUUGUAAUUGGGUCCCAAACGUGCCACCUCAAAAGGGGAAUUCUUGUCUAACGACUUUAAAAUUUUUUAUUUUCUAGUUUUUUUUUUUGGUGAGGAAUUCGAUUUUCUGUUGGGCUAGGAUUUUUGGAGCAUGAAGGGGGACCCCUAAGCUGUAGGGACAUAUUUUUUUUGGGCCAGUUUUUGUUGUUUAUAAUACAUAAGAAGGGCAGAAACUGAGCAUUGGAAAGAAUUCAGGAUUAAAAGUUCUUCUUGAAUUUUUUUCAUAAAGAAUUCAAAGUUCUAUUGUACUAGAAUUUUUGGAGCAUGAAGAGGGGCCCUUAAACUAUUGGAAAAUAAUUUUUUUAACCCACUUUUUGUUGUUUAUAAUAACCAAGAAGGGCUGAAACUGAGCAUUAGAAGGAAUUCAGGAUUAAAUGUUUUUCUUUAAUUUUUUUCAUAAAGAAUUCAAAGUUCUAUUGCUCUAGAAUUUUUGAAGCAUGAAAAAGGGCCCUUGAACUAUAGGAAAAUAUUUUUUUUAGUCCAAUUUUUGUUAUUUACAAUAACAAAAUAAUAACCAAAGUGGCAGAAACUGAAUCCAGUUUUAAAAGUUUCUUUUGAAAUUUUUUUCAUAAAGAAUUCAAAAUUCUAUUGAACUAGGAUUUUGGGAGCAUUAAAAAGGACCCUUAAGCUGUAGGAAAAUAUUUUUUUUUUGCUAUUUUUUGUUGUUUACAAUAACCAAGAAUGGCAGAAACUGAAUCGAGGAUUAGAUGUUUCUUUUGAAUUUUUUUUCAUAAAGAAUUCAAAGUUCUAUUGUAUCAGGAUUUUUGGAGUAUAAAGAAGGGCCCUUAAACUAUAGGAAAAUAUUUUUUUUAGUCCACUUUUUACUGUCUAUAAUAACCAAAAAUGGCAGAAACUGAAUUCAGGAUUAAAACAUUCUUUUGAAAUUUUUUUCAUAGAGAAUUCGAAGUUCUUUUGGAUUAGGAUUUUUGGAGUAUGAAAAGGGACUCUUAAACUAUAGGAAAAUAUUUUUUUUAGUCCACUUUUUGUUGUUUACAAUAACCAAGAAUGACAGAAACUGAAUUCACGAUUAAAAGUUUCUUUCGAAAUUUUUUUCAUAAAGAAUUCAAAGUUCUAUUGUACUGAAAUUGUUGGAGCAUGACAUGGGGCCCUUAAACUAUAGAAAAAUAUUUUUUUAGUCCACUUUUUGUUGUUUAGAAUAACCAAAAAAGGCAGAAAAUGAACAUUGGAGAGCAUCCAAGAUUAAAAGUCUCUUUUGAAAUUUUUUUCAUAAAGAAUUCAAAAUUCUAUUGUACUAAAAUUUUUGGAGCAUGAAGAGGGGCCCUUAAACUAUAGGAAAAUAUUUUUUUUAGUCCACUUUUUACUGUCUACAAUAACCAAAAAAGACAGAAAAUUAGCAUUGGAAAGAAUUCAAGAUUAAAAGUUUCUUUUGAAAUUUUUUUCAUCCAAAAUUCAAAGUUCUAUUGUACUAAAAAUUUUGGAGCAUGAAAAGGAACCCUUAAACUAUAGAAAAAUAUUUUUUUUAGUCCAUUUUGUAUUUUCUUUUAUUAAAUAAUAAUUGUGCCUUUUAAUUCAAUCCAAGGAUAAAGAUGAAAUUUUCUUAAAACUGGAUGAUUUCCACUAUUCCAAAUAGAAAAUCUAGAAAAUUUAAAAAUCCUACACCAUUUUUAAUAAACAACAAUCCUCUUCCCAUAAAAACCAAUCAAUUUUUUUUAUUUCGAUUAAAACACUACUAUUUAACGAAAAGAUAAUAAAAAAUCCACAAAAAAAAUAUUUUCAUACAAUUCAAGGGUCACUCUUCCUAUUCCCAAAAUUCCAUCCCAAAAGAGCUGUUAAUUCCUCAGGAAAAAAAAUAAAAAACUCUAAAUUUUAACGCUGCUACACGAGAAUGCCCCCUAAAAAACAGUUAACCCUAAUUAAUAAUUGCAAUGGUUCAAAAUCUAUUUUAUCUAAUCGAGAGCAAUUUUUUAUUUUUAUUUUUUUCAAAUCAAAACAUAAAACUUAAACUUUAUUACCAAAAAUAUUUCCUAACCUAAAAGAAUAGCCUAAUACCACUGUUUAGCAAUUCUAAAAAUUCCCCAGGGGCACAAAUGGACCCUCACGAACCCAACAUUUAAUUUCCCCAUCAAAAACCACUCUUUUCAGAGCCACUCAGUUCGAAAAACGUUCCCAUAAUUUCCCCCAAAACCCGUUUCUCCGCCAUUAAAAAGUUCCUCCUCGCUUCACGUUCACGAAGCUCCGUAAACAUGUAAAUCUAGAGCAAGUUCUGCACUUUGUUCGAUCCGCGAUCGAUUCGUUAAAUAGUGAAAUCAUUUUCGAGGGGGAUAAACGACCAAAACGGACCGAAACCAAGCUAUAGACAUAGAAUCGAAGCUUCGCGGACAGUCGAGCGAGGCAUGUCCCGCCUACGCCGCCAAUUAGGCCUAGUAACUUCAUCGUUUCCUUUUUGAGAUAUAUAUCUAAAUCAUAAUCAUCUAUAAUUACGUGCACGUGACCAUCGUGCAUGGAAUUAUACGUGGCUAUACGAUAUAUCUAGAGUUUAUCAAACCGCUUGAGAGAAGUAACGUCUUGAUGCACGACCGAUCCGUCCCCCCUGUUAUCGCCAAAACCGUUUCCAAGAGAAUUCGAAGGGGGCAGACCCAAUCGAUUGUUAUAGUUCGUUAGAUAUUUAUCCAGGACGAGGUGUUUCUAGAAUCGAAUUAGACGAGCCCGUGUGUUAUCGUUUGUUGGUCUUCUUCCACAUUAUUUGCACAUGGUCAUAAUUAUCGAUGUUAGGCGAGAGAGUCAGAAAACUGGGGGAAAAACAGGAAAAAAAAUAUUAAAAAAUAAGCGAAAAAAAAAACCGACGAGACCGCUUUUUGUACCCGCGAUCGAUUGUUCUUCCCUUGCUUGAUCCGUUAGGGUACCGUGAUUAUGCUACACGUGGACACGUUCCUUCGUGACAGAUACGACGUUUUUUAGGUGUUAGAAAAUUAGUUACACGCAAAACGUGGGUCACGAAGCGUCCACAGAGCUUUCUUCGACCCCCCAAAUUAGGGGGGCGACUCGAGCAAAAUGGCGAAACGAGAAACUAUGUUUGAAUCAAUUCUUUCACAUUUCGAGAUAGAAAUGAUAAUUAUUUGAACUGGAUUUUUAUUUCGAGGAUCAUUUUUUGGGGGGGUUCAGAGCCCCCCAAAAAGAGCUGAUGUUUGAAUUAAUUUUUUUUACUUAAAUUCUUUCACAUUUCGAGAUAGAAAUGAUAAUUAUUUGAACUGGAUUUUUAUUUCGAGGAUCAUUUUUUUGGGGGGUUCAGAGCCCCCCAAAAAGAGCUGAUGUUUGAAUCAAUUCUUUUUACUUAAAUUCUUUCACAUUUCGAGAUAGAAAUGAUAAUUAUUUGAACUGGAUUUUUAUUUCGAGGAUCAUUUUUUGGGGGGGUUCAGAGCCCCCCAAAAAGAGCUGAUGUUUGAAUCAAUUUUUUUUACUUAUAUUCAUUCACAUUUCGAGAUAGAAAUGAUAAUUAUUUGAACUGGAUUUUUAUUUCGAGGAUCAUUUUUUGGGGGGGUUCAGAGCCCCCCAAAAAGAGCUGAUGUUUGAAUCAAUUUUUUUUACUUAAAUUCUUUCACAUUUAGAGAUAGAAAUGAUAAUUAUUUGAACUGGAUUUUUAUUUCGAGGAUCAUUUUUUGGGGGGGUUCAGAGCCCCCCAAAAAGAGCUGAUGUUUGAAUCAAUUUUUUUUACUUAAAUUCUUUCACAUUUCGAGAUAGAAAUGAUAAUUAUUUGAACUGGAUUUUUAUUUCGAGGAUCAUUUUUUGAGGGGGUUCAAAGCCCCCCUAAGAAGAGCGUAACUUUUAACAUUUUUUGACGAGUUUCUUUUAAUUUUUAAAUUGUUAUAUUAACAGUAGAAUUACCAAAAAGCAGUCAAAAUGAUCUAUUUUUCAGAGCCCCCCAAAAUUGGGGGUAUCUUUUAGCAUUUUUCGACGAGUUUUGUUUAAUUUUUAAAUUAUUAUAUUAGCAGUAGAAUUACCAAAAAACAGUCAAAAUGAUCUAUUUUUCGGAGCCCCCCAAAAAGGAGUGUCUUUUAGCAUUUUUUGACGAGUAUCUGAGGAGUAUUAUUAUAAACAAAGUGUAAAAGUUGACGAAAAUAGGAAGAUCGUCGAAUCUCGUUUUUAUUUUCGCCAUUUUUCACGUUGCCCCCCUUAAUGGACGUUGUAAAUAGAUCCAGAGCGCGAUGGCGUCAGUAAGUAAGUUCCUCGAUGUGUAAUUGGUUAAAAAAGACGAUUAAUCGUGCAACAACGAACGGCCACGCACGAGAGUUUGAAUAUUAGAGAUGGAUCGGUCGUUGCACGGAGAUUCGUUGUAUUUAUUAUAUAGUAUAUAUUAUAUAUACAGUGUAUGAUAUAACCGGCAUUAUUGGCAUUUAAACGAGAGACGAGGGUUAGCGAAUGUGUAUAAUCGGAUCUCUAUAUGCGUAUACGUACACACGAGAAGACUAAUAACGUAGUUGUUAAACUCGCAGGUUACGAAUUAUCGACGCCAUUGUUUGUUUCACGAUCUAACGCGGUGGAACUAAUCACUGUCGAUAUUAUUGUUGCUAGAAACCCUUAUUUUUGUCACCUCCCCCCUUAC